CCCUCGGUCCCUGUCUGUGUCCCCGCAGAGCCGGAGCUGGGUGCCACCAUGGUGGUGACGUUGGGGUACUGGGACAUCCGUGGGUUGGCCCACGCCAUCCGACUGCUGCUGGAGUACACGGAGACCCCCUACCAGGAGAGGCAGUACCGCCCCGGCCCAGCCCCUGACUUCGACCCGAGCGACUGGACCAGUGAGAAAGAGAAACUGGGCCUCGACUUCCCCAAUCUGCCCUAUCUCAUCGACGGCCCCACCAAGCUGACGCAGAGCAACGCCAUCCUGCGCUACAUCGCCCGCAAGCACAACAUGGGCGGUGAGACAGAGGAGGAGAUGCUGCGCGUGGACAUGUUGGAGAACCAGAUCAUGGAUUUGCGGAUGAGCUUCGCCCGGCUGUGCUACAACCCCGACUUCGAGAAGCUGAAGCCGGCGUACCUGGAGCAGCUGCCGGGGAAGCUGCGGGAGCUGUCGCGGUUCCUGGGCUCCCGGCCGUGGUUUGCGGGGGAGAAGCUCACUUUCGUGGACUUUGUGGCGUACGACGUGCUGGACCAGCACCGCAUGUUCGUCCCCGAGUGCCCCGAGCUGCAGGGCAACCUGGGCCGGUUCCUGCAGCGCUUCGAGGUGAACGGCACUCUGGUGUCCCUGUCCCCAUCCCUGACACCCUGGUGUCCCCAUCCCUGUCCCCAACACCCUGCUGCCCCCAUCCUCAUCCCUAACACCCUGGUGUCCCUAUCUCCAUCACCAUCCCCAACACCCCAAUGUCUCUGUCCCCAUCCCCGAUACCCUGGUGUCUCUGUCCUCAUCCCUAACACUCUGGUGUCCCCAUUCCCAUCCCUGACACCCUGUCCCUGACACCCCCAUGUCCCUGUCCCCAUCCCUGACACCCUGGUGUCCUUGGCACCGUCCCUGAUGCCCCAGUAUUCCUGUCCCCAUCCCCGACACCCUGGUGUCCCCAUCCCCAUCCCUGACACCUUGGUGUCCCCAUACUCAUCCUUGAAUACCCGGUGUCCUCGUCCCCAAUACCCCGGUGUCCCCAUCCCUGAUACCCCGAUGUCCCUGUCCCCGACACCCCCAUGUCCCUGUCCCCAUCCCUAACACCCCGGUCUCCCCAUCCCUGACACCCCGGUGUCCCCAUCCCCAACACCCCGGUAUCCAUGUCGCCAUCCCUGACACCCUGGUGUCCCUGUCCACAUCACUGACACCCCUGUGUCCCCAUCCCCAUCCCUGACACCCAGGUGUCCCUGUCCCUGAUGCCCUGGUGUCCCUGUCUCUGUCCCCAUUCCUGACACCCCAGUGUCCCUGUCCCCAUCCCUAACACUCUGGUAUCCCUAUUCCCAUCCCCAACACCCCUGUUUCCCCAUCCCCGACACCCCGGUGUCCCUGUCCCCAUUCCUGACACCCCGGUGUCCCUGUCUCUGUCCCCAUCCCUGACACCCCGCUGUCCCUGUCCCCCUCCCUAACACUCUGGUGUCCUCAUUCCCACCCCCAACCCCACGCUGUCCCCAUCCCUGACACCCCGGUGUCCCUGUCUCUGUCCCCAUCCCUGACACCCCGGUGUCCCUGUCCCCAUCCCUGACACCCCCGUGUCCCUGUCUCUGUCCCCAUCCCUGACACCCCGGUGUCCCUGUCCCCAUCCCUGACACCCCAGUGUCCCUGUCUCUGUCCCCAUUCCUGACACCCCGGUGUCCCUGUCUCCCUC